AAAUUUAUUAUGUACAACAAAGAAAUUGACAAGAGGUGGUUUGUUUAUGUGUGACCUGUCAAAACAAUAUAACCAAACUGUUUCAACGUGACUUUUUCAUAAAUUUCCAUAAUUAAGUAUUAUAAAAUGUUAAACACAUAUUUAACGACACUGCCUUAUACAAAAUUCAUCCUAAUCGAAGAUUCAUUAGUGGAAAAGGGCAAAGAUUUAUUUGAAUAUGUGGUAAAAAGACAAUCUAAACGUGCCGCUCGUUUACAUUUCGUGGUUUGCGAAGGAAUCUUCCAGAGGACUCACACACAGUACAAGCAAAACAAUAUAACUUUCUAUGAUGUUGUCAGUAACCAACUAAACUGGACAAAACAGCCGAACAUCACUUUAGAAGACAUGAACAAGGAUGUUAAGGAAGACGACGUAUUUAUUAUCGAUUCAAUUGCACACGCAAGCCACCUCUUUGGGUUGAGCCACAUAAUCAGAUUUUUAAAUGGACUAAUCCAGGAUAAAGGUGUGCAACAGAUAAUUACACUUUUACACAACGACCUGUUGGUCGAAAAACAAUCCAGGAGCAUAUUCGAACACCUGUGCACCUUAAGCAUAAGAGUCAAACCAAAAGUGUUCACAGACAGGCGCCGAAUUAAAUACAGAUACAAAAAGACGGGCGGCAAAAUGGUGACGCAGGUGGAGGAGUACAAUAUCGAAAACGACGUGCUAAACACGUUUAAAAUCGAGAGGCCGGAAGCGGAGGUGGUGGAACAGGCGGUGGCGAAUUCGGUGGAGCCCGAGAAACUGGCCACGUUCAGAAUUGGUUUGACGGAGGCGGAAAAGGAGAGUAAGGAACAAGUUGUGCUGCCCUAUUUACCCAAAGGUGAAGGUAAAAUUACCUAUACCAUGGAAGAGAUCGAUGAUUGGGACGAGGAAGAUCCCGACGAUGACUUGGAUAUAUGAGAUUAAUUGGGCGCUUCCUGCGCUUUUUCAUGUUUAGGCUUAUUUAAUAAGAAAGUUGUUUAUAUUUUUUAUUAUAAAGAUGUUGUUGAAUUGUUAAGAAAUAAAUACAUUAAUUUGCCAGGGA